GCCCCAGGGACGCGGCCGACGGCCCGCCUGCCCCCCAACCCCCAGCUGCUGCCGGCACCCCACCCCGUACCCAGCCGGCCUCCUGGAGGGUGAGGCCCGCCGGCUGAGGCCUCCUCCCUUCCCGCCAGCUGGACGGCUUCGAGGCAGUGCGCCCGGAGAGAGCUGGAAGGGACUGAGGCCCUAAGGCCCCUCCGCUGAGCCAACCUUGCCAUGGAGGAUGCUGGCAAGGACGCCACCAGAUUCACUGCCCAUUCUCUGCCCAGUGACCCCCGGCUCUUGGCCACCGUGACCAAUGCCUACUUGGGCACACGCGUGUAUCAUGAGACACUGCAUGUGAGCGGAGUGUACAAUGGGGCUUGGGGGGAUACGCACCGGGCCAUUCUGCCCAGUCCCCUCAAUGUCCAGCUGGAGGCCCCUGCAGGAUCAGGAGAGCAGCUGACCAAGACCUUUGUCCUGGACACUAACACAGGCUCCUUUCUGCACACCCUGGAGGGCCCCAGCUUCCGGGCCUCCCAGCGCAUCUAUGCCCACCGCACGCUGCCUCACGUCCUGGCCUUCAGUGUGUCCAUCACCCGCUUGGCCACAGGGAGCUGGCCCAUCACCGUGCUGCUGCAGUCAACCUUCUCCCCAGAAAGCCCGGACCUGGACCUGCAUCUGGGUCCUGACUUCCAGGGAGCCCGGUACCUGUACGGCCACACACUCACCCCCGAGCAGCCUGGGGGGGCACAGCAGGAGGUGCACAUGCUGUGGACGCCGGUGCCCCCAGCCUUGACCCUUGGGGAAGGGGAGGAGGAUGGGACGUGGGAGUUCCUGACGGUGGUGGGUGGCAGCCAGGCCGAAGCCCAGGCCUGCCUCGCCGAUGCCCUGCAGCUGCAGGCCAGGCGCACUCUCUACAUGGCCCAUGCACAGGCCUGGGCCCAGCUCUGGGCAGGCUGUGGCCUGGAUGUGGAGGGGCCCCUGCGUCUGCGCCAGGCCCUGCGUGGAGCCCUCUACUACCUGCUCAGUGCCCUGCCCCAGCCCGGGGCCCCAGGAUACGUCUGCCACGGCCUCAGCCCAGGCGGCCUCUCCAACGGGAGCCGUGAGGAAUGCUACUGGGGCCACGUCUUCUGGGACCAGGACCUCUGGAUGUUCCCCAGUAUCCUGAUGUUCCACCCGGAGGCCGCCAGGGCUCUCCUGCAGUACCGCAUCCGGACGCUCGGUGGAGCCCUGUACAACGCCCAGAACCUAGGCUACCAGGGAGCCAAGUUUGCCUGGGAGAGCGCGGGCUCCGGCCUGGAGGUCUGCCCUGAGGCCAUUUAUGGGACCCAGGAGAUCCACAUCAACGGGGCCGUGGUGCUGGCCUUCCGGCUGUACUACCACACCACCCAGGACUUGCAGCUGUUCCGAGAGGCUGGGGGCUGGGAUGUGGUCAGUGCUGUGGCUGAAUUUUGGUGCAGCCGCGUAGAGUGGAGCCCCGGGGAGGAGAAGUUCCACCUGAAGGGAGUCAUGCCCCCUGACGAAUACCAUUCAGGGGUCGACAACUCCGUGUACACCAAUGUCCUGGUCCAGAACAGCCUGCGCUUUGCUGCUGCCCUGGCCCAGGACCUGGGUCAGCCCGUCCCCAACCAGUGGCUGGUGGUGGCUGAUAAGAUCAAGGUGCCCUUUGACCCGAAACUGAACUUCCACCCUGAGUUUGAUGGGUACCAGCCUGGAGAGGAGGUGAAGCAGGCAGAUGUUGUGCUCCUGGGGUACCCUGUCCCCUUCCCCCUGAGUCCUCAAGUUCGCAGGCAAAACCUGGAGAUGUAUGAGGCUGUGACGUCCCCCCAGGGCCCUGCCAUGACCUGGAGCAUGUUUGCAGUGGGCUGGAUGGAGCUGAAGGACCCCGGGCGGGCAUGGGACCUCCUGCAGAGGAGCUUCGCCAACGUCACGGAGCCCUUCAAGGUGUGGACGGAGAAUGCAGACAGGUCGGGUGCCGUGAACUUCCUGACAGGCAUGGGGGGCUUCCUGCAGGCGGUGCUCUUUGGGGUCACGGGAUUCAGGAUCACUGAGGCCGGUUUGACCUUCGACCCCAUGUGUCCAGCGGGGAUCUCCAGAGUGUGCGUUUCUGGCAUCUCCUACCAGGGGAGCAAGCUUGACUUUUCCUUCUCUGAAGGGUCUGUGACAGUUGAGGUCACUGCCCGAGCAGGGCCCUGGGCCCCCCCGCUGGAGGCUGAGCUGUGGCCAUCACAGAAUCGGCUCCCCCUGUCCCCAGGACACAAGGUCUCCUUUCCCUGCUCAGCUGGCCGGAUACAGAGGUCACACCUGUAGGAAGCAGGGGCAGCAAGUUCUGCCCCAAGAGUUUCCUGUGAAGAUUGUUUGAAGACAUUAAGCAUCUGCGCAGAGCCCACAGGACCCCCUCUGGGACACCCUUGGGCCCUCCAGCCCCACUGAGUCCCCCCCCCGCCCAGUC